UCCUUUUAACUUGUAGUCUGUCAGACACAGCUAGGAUGCUUUAGCUCUAGCAUUAGCCAAUAAGUUUAACAACCUCCACUCACCGGAGAAGCAUUUUGCUGUCUGCAAGCCCCAUCAGCACAUUUUCCACCAGCACAUAAACAGUUUUGUGCACUUUGGAGAUGCCGAAUAUUGUGCUUUUCAGCGGGAGCUCCCAUCAUGAUCUGUCACAGCGAGUGGCAGACCGCCUUGGCUUGGAACUGGGCAAAGUAACCACAAAGAAAUUCAGCAACCAAGAAACAUGUGUGGAGAUUGGCGAGAGUGUCCGCGGGGAGGAUGUGUACAUCGUGCAGAGUGGUUGUGGGGAGAUCAACGACAACCUCAUGGAACUUCUCAUCAUGAUCAACGCGUGCAAGAUCGCCUCCUCGUCACGCGUCACUGCGGUCAUCCCCUGCUUCCCCUACGCUCGACAGGACAAGAAAGACAAGAGUCGGGCUCCUAUCUCGGCUAAGCUGGUGGCCAACAUGCUGUCGGUGGCUGGAGCGGAUCACAUUAUCACCAUGGACCUUCACGCCUCACAGAUACAGGGUUUCUUUGAUAUUGCGGUGGACAACCUCUAUGCUGAACCUGCAGUGCUCCAGUGGAUCCGUGAGAAUAUUCCAGAAUGGAAGAACUGUAUCAUUGUGUCACCUGACGCAGGGGGAGCAAAGAGGGUGACCUCCAUUGCCGACCGGUUGAAUGUUGAGUUUGCACUCAUCCACAAAGAGCGCAAAAAGGCAAACGAGGUGGACCGCAUGGUCUUGGUGGGAGAUGUGAAGGACCGUGUGGCCAUCUUGGUGGACGACAUGGCAGACACCUGCGGAACGAUCUGCCAUGCAGCCGACAAGUUGAUCUCCGCUGGAGCAAUAAAGGUGUAUGCCAUCCUCACGCAUGGAAUCUUCUCUGGUCCUGCCAUCUCGCGCAUCAACAAUGCUCCCUUUGAGGCUGUAGUGGUCACCAACACCAUCCCCCAGGAAGAGAAGAUGAAGCAAUGUCCGAAAAUACAGGUCAUCGACAUCUCCAUGAUCCUGGCUGAGGCCAUCCGGCGGACCCACAAUGGGGAGUCAGUAUCCUAUCUCUUCAGUCAUGUGCCCCUGUGAAGUGCUCACUCCCGGGCAAGGCUUUUUGCACCUCUCGUCCCCGCCAGCCAGUCAAUGCUCUGCUCCUGCCACACACGCACACACACACACACACACACGCACACACACACACACACACGCACACACACACACACACACAACCAUGCCCUUGUGAGGCCACCAGCAAGUGGUUGCAAGUCAUUUCUACAUUCCUUUUGUCAUUCCCCCCACAAUGCAGAGCACCACCUGGACAAUCUGUGUUUUUCUUUUUUGUUUAAUUUAUGUAUACAUUAUGUUUUUUUUUCACUGGCCCAGAGAUCUUGUAGUUGCCUUUACCAAAGAUCUUGUUGCCUAACCAUUUCUUUUUGUUUUGUUUCUUUUGCCUCAUUUGCAUUUUUUGAAAACUACAAAUGAAGCUCUUGUCAUCCGUUGUCUGCACAGUUGUAGUUUAUUAACUGCGCCUCCUGAUGAUGUGAUGUUGACUGUGAUGGUCCCCUGUGUUGCACCAUUUGUUCCUUUCUUGUAAGUCUUAAUGGGUACACUAGUGAGGUAUUCCAGUUAAUCUGUGGACCUCUUCACGAUCUGGAAUAAAUUCCCUCAGACACUGGGAAAGGCCAUGUGUCCCAUGCUUUAAGCCAGUAGUUGACUUUUUUCCAUCCACACUUCCAGUGUCUUAUGGUAGUGGCUUAUGCAAGGUCAAUGGUUUCAAACUCACUCUUCAAUUAUGAUGUUAUAGCUGGUUGUAGCAAUCAGAACAGUGUUAACACAUUAUCUCCUUUUGUGCUAUGAUCCAUUGUAGCCAUAGUCUUGAUUUCCUGAUGGAAUUCUGUAAUGUACUGAUUGACAUAGAGUUUAAAUACCCAUGUUUUUUUUUUGUUUUUUUUUAUUCCUGCCAUAUGUAUUGUUUGUUUUGGGCACCCUUGUCAAUAGAUGAGAAAUGUGUCCGGCUUAAAAAUCAGUUGACCUGUAACUCAUUCCCAUGCACAUACUGACACUGGUAACAUACCUGACCUCGUUCUUUGAAAUCACCCCAUGUGAUCAUUUCAUUGUUGCACCUUAACACAAAUGUAUAGUCACCCCACCCCCCAGCCUGUUUCUGGCGCCAUGUAAAGGCACUUUUGUUGACUCUGAUGCCCAGUCGGCCUUGUCUUCCCCCAUCCUGCUGUGCUGCACAUGACUCUAUCUAGCCUUACUGCUCAUUCAUUGGGAUUUAUAGAUUUACCAAAUAGGUACAAGUCAGCCAACUAUGCCUUUGUGUCCUGAGGGUGUACCCUUGUACCACCGUUGAAUAUGUAAUGCGACAGAAAUUAUGCUGAUCAGUAGUAUACCAUGGACGUUAAUCUUGACCUUUAUUAAAAAACCCCAGAUGUACAAUUCUAGGGGAAGGCUGGGUAUCACUGUCUUUCAAAGGAAGUGCACAAGACCUUUGACUGUUAUGAAUAGUCAAGUGUUGACUAGCAAAAACCUCAAACCAAAAUGACACCUCCUAGGUUUACUAAAUCCGCUCUGUUAUGAUUGCAUGUUCGCUUUGCCCUUGAAUCGAUCCUGAAAACCCCAACUCUCACUUUGAGCUCUUUUGUGGAGGUCUAAUUGGAUCAUCCAUAUUUACACUCCUAGGGCUGGUCUCUGACUAUUUGAAUAUUUAAGUUUUUCCAUUGACAAAAAGGUUGUACUCUAGGACUAGACUUAAUUAAUUUACAGGAAACCGGCUCCUAGUUGCUCAAAGUAAAACGGCCUCUUGAGCAGUUAACCCUGAAACUUUUCCUUUAGUUCACACUGCAGCAGCAAACUUUGUUCCCUUGGGGAAUGGCACCACACACACACACACACACACACACACACACACACCUUGACACCUUUUGGACCAGUAUAUAGAGUUCACCUCUUUAAAAUGACCUCUACCCCUGACCCUAAUACAGGGGUUGUAUUGCUUUAUCUCUGUCAAUCUGUAAUGACCAUUCCAAAUGUUUGAGUCUUUUUAGACUCUUGUCCACUAGUGUUGAACACUCGGACAUCAACUGAAGUCCAACGAGAGUCACAGAGAGGCUGUUGUAACAGGCAGUUCAUUAGAUCAUUAUCCUCUUGUAAAGAUUAUUUUUGUGUAUUGGGCUCAACAGCUGGGGGGAGAGCAUGCAGAAAUUAGUGAUGGGCAAUUGAAGCUUUGGUGAACCACUAAACCACAGUAGUGUGAAGCUAAGCAACACUAAUGAAAAAAUCCAAUAUGGCUGCCACAUGUAGAUUUUUUUCAACAUAAAAGUCCUUACCCAAACCAGUAUAUGUAACCAAAAAUAUUGGUUUGCUAAGGACUUUUAUGUUGAAAAAUGUAUGUGUCGCGGCCAUCUUUUUGCUUUUCAGCUUGUGUCGCUAGGUUCACACUGCUGUGGUUCAGUGGUAGCCUAAAAAUCUAGACGGCCCCUAGUUCAGUGGUUCACCAAAGCUUCAUUUGCCCAUCACUAGCGGAAAUACAGUUACCAUAUUUUUAUGCGGUUAGUGUUCUUUAUCUGACAAUGAAAUAAAGUGCUGUCGGUGACUUACAAGAUAUGGGUGGUUUAAAAUUAAUUCAGCAAAUAUGCAUGGGUCCCCAGUGGAGAGUUAUUGCUUUUACUAUGUUUAACAGCAAGCAACAAAAUGCAUGAAGCUGAACAGUGUUUCAUCUAAUGAGGGUAGUUAAUUUGCAGAUUGUCCCAUGUUUUAGAUAUUGUUUCUUUAAUAAAACACCACAUCACUUGU